AUGUUUUUGGCAAGACCACCAUUAAGAAAUGGGCUAAUGAGAAGCCUUGGUCGCAUGAAGAUAACCGCUAGAACCGUUACGUCGGCAAGCGCAGGCCUUAAGAGGAAGUCAAGAUUUGAUAAAACAAUGAUUAAACCUUUACUUUUGGUAAUGGUAUUUGGGUCGAUAUUAAACGCAGUGAUAGCCGAAAAGAGGAGCACUCACGACAUGGAAAGGAAAUAUAAGCUAAAGGUUGAUAAACUGAAGGAGCUGAUACAGAGGGUUCAUGAUAAUAAUGGAAAGGUAGACUUUAACGCAGAUGACGAAAUGAAACUUGUAAAUUUGUGUUUAGGAAUCGUUGGCAAGAACACGAAUACGAUGAAAGAAGACAAGACUGAUAUUGUGAUUCCUAAGGAAGAAUCAUUGGAAGAGAUUUGGCAAAGUAUAAUAGACGAGGCAAAAAAAGAAGUAGUAGAAAAAACCCCAGACGAUGAUGUUAAGAACAAAGAAGGAAUUGUCACUGAUUUAAAACUUCUAAAAGAUUUGGAAAAGUCGAAAAAAGAAGAUGAAAAAGUUUACCUAAGUGGUGACGUCCAUAUGAUGAUGAAUCAACCAGGUGAUUUGAAUGAAAUUGCCAAAGAAAAUGAUAAAAUCCCAAAAUUUCUAUAG